CCUUCUCUGCUUCCAUCCCACGGCUGCGGGCACGGGAGUCCUGUAAGUACUGUAGAAACGGAGGACCUUAGCUUGCCGCAAGGUCAGUAAGCCAGUACCUAGACAAUCGAUCGUUUACUUUCCUUGCAUCUUGCAUCUUUGAUUUUCUGUCUCACCACCUCCAAACGACCUUCCUCCCACUCUAUAGCUCUUCUAAUGCUCUUCUAAUUUGCAACCACGUCACUCGCUUUCGUGCUGUUAAUAGUCUAUCGUUCAUAAUAAUCAAUUUUAGCCUUGCUUCGGGUUCCAUUUGCCUUCGUUUGCACACAGAAGUGGAGGAUUCAGGGGCUGUCACCAACGGACGACGACCAGCCCAUCCAUCAAUACCGACGUCUACCUACCUCCCAGGUCCCCGUGAUUUUGAGUCUCUUCGCGUUCCUAUCUAUACGAUCAUACACAGAGAGCAUAUUUAUUAAGGCGAAACCAAGUUCAGUCCAGCUGUCUUGACCUGUAUACUCGUACCACCUGCGAUCGGAAAGGUUUCGCUACUCAUAGUGACUGUCCGAAAGGACAAGCACGUCCCAACCGACAGUAAACAUGGCGAACCAUCAAGCCCGCAUGUCCAUGUACUCGGUCACCUCGGAUUCGUUUCAUGGUACUCGAGGCGGCGGUCAACAGUCGCAAGUCUCCACAACGACGCUGCUCAACGCGAUCCAUAACAUAUAUCUGUCGUCGCAGUCUUAUCAAUUAGACGCGGGAAGUAGUGUUGUCGUUAAUACAUGGCUUACAGCAACGCAACUUGGUCCGGAUGGCCGAUCUGGCGGGACUAUUGAUAAGCUUCUGGCCGCCAGAGCCUGGGAACACGCACGGCGCCGAGCCGAAGAUGGAUGUAUCGUGUUGAGUUCUCUCCACACUUCAACGCCGUCACUUUUGACGCCAUUCCUUGCUUCUCUGCCCAUCUCUAUCCCUUCGUCCUUGCUCACUUCCCUCGAGGCGGUUCAGCCCUUCCUUCGAUGUGUAACACCAUAUAACCCAUCCACUCCACGUCAAAGUGCGCUUGGUAUUACCUUGACUCUCAACCUUGCAGGUAAUCUGACAGCUGCAACUCUGGCAUUGUCCCAGGGCGGGAUUGAUACUACCCAGGGUCUGCUCAAUAUCCCUACUCAGCCUGGCUAUCGUGCCUUUGAUGUGUUCUACUACUUGUUGACCUCAGCCUCAACUCCUGCUGAGCGCGAGUUCCUCAGCUUGAAGUCCGCGGCUGAUUACACUUUACUUGCACGGUCUGGCACCUAUGAUCCACCCUCAUAUCUUCCUACUGCCGACGACUCCGCUGCCGCUGAUGAUUUCAGAAGGGCACUGAAAGAGAUAGGCAUCAAGGGAUCUUCUCACCGAAACCUGAUAUCUGCUUUGGCAGGCUUGCUAAAGCUUGGUAACACAUUGGAUUACAAUGUCGAUGACGAAUCACUGGAGGUAAUUUGUGAAGAUGUGAGCGGAUUACUCGGUCUUGAUCCCGACGUCCUUCUGAAUCAGUGCACAACGGAGGAUCGGCAAAUACUUGUGGGUGGACUAUACGAAGCCGUUGUUGACUGGGUCAUCACCAAGGCCAAUGGAGCAAUUGCUGCUCAGAUGUCCCGAAUCCGAGAUGGCGACGAAUCGCUUGACGGUCAUCGAACGCCAACCUCAGCGGAGGAUAAUGGAGAUACCGUAUGCAUUACAGUCAUUGAAGUUCCAGACCCCAACUUGGGGAAAGCGCUGUCCAUGCGAGGUGUGUUUGACGACAGUGCAGGAAUUAAUGCUGAAAUGAAAGAAGAUGGUGUCGAUGUUGCUGCAGUAGAAAACUCUGUACAGCGCGAAAUGCAAAGCGCUAUGGCAGAUGCUGCUCUAGAACUAGGCACCACUACCGGCUCAACCGCUCGUGAGAGACAACGCCAACUUGAGAGGCGAGAGAUUAUUUUGGAGAAAGUUGGAUUUGCUUGUGAGGAUGAAGGGUUUCUCAAGAAGCUGUUGUUUCCCAUUCCAGGGCAAGGUAUCACUCUCGGUCGUACUGCGAGGAUGGAUUUAUCUUCAGUCCUUGGAGCUAGCCGAGUAUGGUAUCACUUGUCGCUACAUCCUACAGACGAGAACCCUGCCAGUUUAGCAGCUCUCCCAUCGGUUACAUCUGCUUGGUCAGCAGGCGCUGUAUCACGACAAUUACGGGCGUGGAGGUUGGCAGAAUGGGCUAACCGCAGGAAUAAGAAUCUGGACUUCACCGCCGACUUUGAUCUGGAUGAGUUCUACCAACGAUUUGCCCCAUUGGGCUGCAGAGAAGGCCGGGAUGGCAUUGAAUCCUGGAUCCUUGAGAGAGGUUGGAGCAACGGCGAAGUGGUGGUUGGACGAGAACGCGUCUGGAUGCGAGAGACUUCAUGGUGGGAGGCUGAAAGCAUGCUUGAUCUCAAGCCUCCACAUGAGCUAGUGCCGACUAUGAGCAACCCAUUUGCUACCCCCGCUCGCGACACUGUCUAUGGCAACAACAAUGGCAGCGGCUUUUUCCCUCCCCAUUUUCCCGACCAGGCUUCAAAUAAUAGCAACGAAAAUCUGAUGACACAUCAGCGUAAUCAGAGUCAACUUACUUUUGCUCAAAGUCAAAUCCGAGCGCCAUCCGUCAGUCCUUCAGUCAUGCGCAAUAUGCCACAAGGCGAUUAUGGUCUGGGAACUAAGGGUGAUAAUCGUCGGGACCAUGUUUAUUACACUGCGGAUGGGGAGUAUAUCAACACUUUAGAUCCUAAUGAUGCUCAAGGCAAACAUGUUGAAGAGGAGGAGGUAGGUGCUGGCCGACGAGCUUGGGUUGGGUUUGUUUGGGCUAUGACCUUCUGGAUUCCGUCGUUCCUCUUACACUAUGUUGGCCGGAUGAAACGACCAGAUGUGCGAAUGGCCUGGCGAGAAAAGGUAACGCUGGUCUGGCUGAUCUUUAUCAUGAAUGCCAUUAUCGUCUUCGUCAUCAUCUUCCUUGGUCGGAUUAUCUGCCCCAAUUUCGAUAAAGCUUGGCUUCAAACGGAAGUUGAUAAUCACUCGGGCAAAAACGACUUCUGGGUCAGUAUUCACGGCAAUGUUUAUGAUAUCACAAAGUUUUGGAAGAUUCAGCACAGUGACUCCGGUAUACAAACAACAAAUGACCUAAUGGAACCAUUUGGCGGCCUGAAUCUGGAUCGAUACUUUACUCCUCCGCUCCCCCUUUCUUGCCCAGGCCUUGGUAUUGCUGAAACCACCCAAUUAAGAGUUAAUCCCGAAGACGAGCCUACUUUGGUAAAUGGCAAACACACUUCAGGUUUCUUUGCAGAUAAGAACUCAAAGGCUUUGUCUAGUGACACAUGGUACACAGACAAAUUCCUGCCCAAGAUCAAAGAAUACUACCACGGCGAGCUCGUCUGGAAUAGGAAUAAAGUUCAGCGAGAGAGCGAAGAUUUCAGUCUCAUGGUUAUUUUCUAUGAGGGAGGUAUCUACAAUCUUACCGACUACUUUGAAACUAUCAACUACAGCAAAACUCUGGCCUUCCUUGAUGACAAGAUAGUGGACAUUAUAAAGAACAACCCUGGUCAAGAUGUGACUAGCUCAUGGAACGGCCACUUGGAAGACGUACAGGGCAACUCAACUGCUUUUGCGUUAGCUAAAAACAGCAUCAACUGCAUCAAGAACACCUUCUAUGUUGGAAAGCCAGACUUUCGGUAUAGUCCAAGGUGUCAGGCCCUCAAUUACAUCCUACUAGCGUUUACUAUCCUUAUCGCCGGUGUCAUUCUUAUCAAGUUUGUCUCCGCCUUGCAGUUCGGCUCGAAGAGGCGUCCUUCUCCUCAAGACAAGUUCGUCAUUUGCCAGGUUCCCGCAUACACUGAAGGUGAAGACUCCCUCAGAAAGGCAUUAGAUUCACUCACGGCGCUUCAAUAUGACAACAAGAGAAAAUUGAUCUGUGUUAUUUGCGACGGUGUCAUUAUUGGUGCCGGCAAUGAUCGCCCAACGCCAAAGAUUGUUCUCGACAUAUUGGGCGUCGAUCCAAAGCUCGACCCCCCUGCUUUGCCCUUCAAAUCAGUCGGUACCGGAAGCGAGCAGCUUAACUACGGCAAGGUGUAUUCUGGUCUCUAUGAAUUUGAAGGAAAUGUUGUGCCGUACAUUGUCGUUGUGAAGAUCGGGAAGGAGUCUGAGCAGACCAAGACAAAGCCGGGUAACCGGGGUAAGCGAGACUCACAAAUCAUGCUGAUGAGCUUCCUCAACCGUGUCCAUCAUCGUGCUCCUAUGAACCCUCUUGAGCUCGAAAUGUUCCACCAAAUCAACAAUAUCAUUGGUGUGGACCCAGAGCUAUACGAAUACCUCUUGAUGGUUGAUGCCGAUACUUGUGUGCGAGAGGAUUCCCUGAACCGACUGGUUGCUGCAUGCGCCAAUAAUUCCAAAAUUGCUGGUAUUUGUGGAGAGACAGCUCUACAGAACGAAGAGCGCAGUUGGUGGAGCAUGAUUCAGGUCUACGAGUAUUACAUCUCUCAUCAUCUUUCCAAGGCCUUCGAGUCUCUCUUCGGAAGUGUGACAUGUCUUCCUGGAUGUUUCACUAUGUACCGUCUUAGGACAGCUGACCGGGGCAAGCCUUUGAUUAUCGCCGAUGCCGUCAUUCAAGAGUAUAGUAUUCGGAACGUCGACACCCUUCACAAGAAGAAUCUUCUUUCACUUGGUGAAGACCGUUUCCUCACUACUAUCAUGACCAAGCAUUUUCCUCAUAUGUCUUAUAAAUUCCAGCCGGAUGCUUAUUGCCAAACUGCAGCGCCGGAGACAUGGAGUGUGCUGCUUUCUCAACGACGCAGAUGGAUCAAUUCGACCAUUCACAAUCUAUUCGAACUUAUGUUACUAAAGAACAUGUGUGGUUUCUGUUGCUUCUCUAUGCGAUUCGUCGUCUUUUUCGAUCUGUUUGGAACGAUCAUCUUACCUGCAACGACUGUCUACCUGGGCUACCUGAUCUACCUUCUCGCCUCGCACACUGGUCCUAUCCCUUAUAUCUCGUUGGCUAUUCUGGCUGGUGUGUACGGUCUUCAGGCGAUCAUCUUCAUUCUUAAACGGCAAUGGCAGCAUGUUGGAUGGAUCAUCAUCUAUCUGCUUGCGUUCCCAAUCUUCUCGUUCAUUCUGCCAAUCUACUCUUUCUGGAAUCAGGACAACUUUACCUGGGGAAAUACACGUAUAGUCAUUGGUGAGAAAGGAAACAAGCAGGUCGUUGCGGUAGAUGAUAAAGAUGGAUUCGACCCUCGCUCCAUUCCGAUGCAGCGCUGGGAUGAUUAUGCGGCCCUCAAUAAUCUUCCUGGACGCCGAGGCGCACAAGGCGAAAAGGCCCACGAAGUAUAUGAAGAUAACUACGAGAUGGAUGACAUGCGCUCUGUAUACUCGUCUGUUCGACAGCCGUCUGUCUUGACUGGCCUCCAAGGUCGUGGUGGGUAUAUGCCUCCACAGUCACCUGCACCCUUCCAGGGAAUGUCACGACAGUCCACAUAUGGUGACGGCUUUGGCGACAACCACAUGCGUCAGUCAACUGCUUCGUUUGGGGAUAUUCAGCGUACCGCUUCACCAUAUCAGGAUUUGCCUCACGCUGGUUACAGGCCAAGCAUGAGCAAUCUGCGAGCCGUGUCAACCUCACCCCAAUUUGAUGCCCAUAGAGCCUCGAACGCCACUCUCGGCCUCGCCGGUGGUAACCGUCCUACUUUGGGCCAUGGUCAUCAGUCUACCACGUCGUUCGAUUUCCAGCGUGGUAAUACUGGACCCGAUGAUGGCAUGAUUGUCGAGGCUAUCCAAGCUGUGUUACGAGAUGUCGAUCUCGACACAGUAACCAAGAAACAAGUUCGCGCCCUUGUAGAACAGAAGCUACAAACCGAGCUUGUCGGCGAAAAGCGAACAUUCAUGGACCGCCAAAUUGAUCAUGAGCUAGCUAACAUGUAAAUGAUCUAGCCCUAGCUCAUCUCUUAAGCUCUAAUCUCAAAAUUUAGAUGUUGGCACGACCAUAGGAGUCGAAGGCUCAUGUUCUCGGGAAAUGUAUUUAUUGCAUAUAGUCGCGUCGUUUGGGAUCGUUUUCCUUGUUUAUUUGUUUCUGGCGGUACGGACAUCUUGGAAACCUUUUCGGCAUCUGUUCCUCUGAUCUUUUUUGCAUAUGAACCAACCAAUCUCUGGCCUACACCAUUCUCUCUAGAAACAGAAAAUAACGAGUUGGCUUUUGGUCGUUGCCACUUGGAACUACAUAUAUAUGAUGAAAUAAUACAACGACUUUUUCCAUAUACCC